AUGAUGACCACCGCCCUUCCGUACAUGAACCGGCAAAACGCCAUGAACAAUCGAUCGAAUGGGUCCCUGUCCAAUCGACGAGCCUCUCUCUCCUCAUUCCCGUCAUCACGAUCGCCAUCGCAGAUGUCCCAAAAUUCCCGUCAGGCCAAGUCACCCCAGUUUCCUGUGGCCGAGACAGACCGCACCUCGGAUCCGAGUUCCAAGUCCAAGACGCCAUCAUUGGCUCCAUCAUCUCAGCACUCGUCCUUGUCGGCACCUUAUCGAUUGAACGCCGAUGCCCGGUCGUCGAGAAGGCUCAGGUCGCAGUAUCCCCGUGGGUCAGCCGAUAACCAUGUCGAGUAUAUCCUGGUGGCCUCGUUCGACAUUGACAGAGGUCCUGUUAUGGAACACCAAUAUCCAGUCGCCAUUACCGGAGAUGAAAACAUGCUGGCGGAGCUUAUGCUCCCUGAUCAGGCACACGCUCGAAACCAAGACUGGACCAUAUUUUUCCUGCACAAAGAUACCAGCCAAGAGGAAGAGGAUGCCGAGAGACAAGUGAAGGAGAGGAGGAGACAAAUGCGCAGGAGGAGGCGAAAUAGAGCGGCUGGGGUCAUAUCCGAGGAUGAUGAGGAGGAAUUUGACGACGAGGACGAUGAUGAUGAAGAUGUAGACGACGAAUCCACCGACAGCGAACCCGAGGGCGGAGAAGGCCCGCCAUUGAUUCAUGUAUUGAACCUUGUCAACACCAAACAUGACAAGUCUGUAAAGCGUGGUGCCGUCGUCAAAGCCAUGGCCAUUUGUACGAGGCAUCCCUUUUUACACAUUUACAAGCCUCUGCUCUUACUUGCCUUGGAAGAGUAUUUCAAGUCUCCCGUUCCCGAAACCCUCUCCAUGCUCUAUGAUGCCGUCAAUGCCAUGGAUUUGUCUCUUAUGCCCCGGCUCAGCAUCCUCGAAAGGCACCUCUUGUUGGCUAGUGAGAAUCGUGAUCUAUUUGUCGAGAAGUUUGAGCAAAUGAUUCAAAUACGAAUGGCCGAGGACAAAGCCGAUGGAUUGAUAGACGGACAAGUAGAGGAUUCAAGAAGUCCUGUCAAAUCGGGCGGGAUAUCUCGCGCCGGCACGAAAGCUCACGUCGAGGGUGGAAGCCAAGCCUUGUACUCAGUCCCAAGGGAUACGCACGAAUUUGAGAGCAAAGUCAUGUACAAAGGAAUUCCGAUUCCAAUCAAGGUUCCUACGGCCGUCAUGCCAGAGACAGUUGGCGACUUCUCCCUGAUCAAGCUCAUUCAAAACUUUUCCGAACCACACGCGAAGUCGCCGCAGGCAUUUACCCUUCAUCCCCACCUGACAACCAAUGGAGCUGGCACGCAUCCCAUUAUUGUCCUGGUCAAUGCGUUACUGACACAAAAGCGAAUCAUCUUCUUGGGUCACAACAUGCCUUCAGGUGAGGUUGCCGAGGCUGUCCUGGCUGCAUGUGCUCUUGCGUCUGGUGGGCUGUUGCGAGGCUUCACUCGACACGCUUUCCCCUACACCGACCUGACCAAGAUUGACGAUCUCUUAAACGUCCCUGGCUUUAUUGCCGGUGUCACCAACCCUACUUUUGAGAUGCAUCCCGAAUGGUGGGACAUUCUCUGCGAUCUGCCGAGCGGCCGCAUCAAGAUUAGCAGCAAGAUUGAGCCAGCCGCUGUUACGGAGGGGUUGUUGUACUUUCAGCAACAGAAUCCACCAUUGGCGACCGUGGCCAGCGGCAAUGCAAAUAACAACCAAGAUCUGACGGGCGAUGGAGCUUUCAUGAUAGAUAUUCUGAAGAGCAUUGCUGUGCGCCACGGCGAAAGAGUGAUUCGCGCCAAAUGGAGAGACUGGGUCACGAAAUUCACCCGUAUCGCAGCCCAGUUUGAAGAGAGCGUGUAUGGCGCAAGCGCCUUGUAUAUUGGCAGUGAGGACCAAGAUAUAAGCCUUCCGGGGGCCAGCGGCCACGGUUAUGUCUGGCCAGAUGACGCGGCGAAGAAUAAGGAACUCGCCGGGAAUGUGACCAGAAUCGAGGGCUGGCGAAACACGCGGAGCUACUACAGCUACAUCCAGGACCUCGCGCAGGUAUAUACGGUUCGGCCAUUGAAGGGUCUUGACCUGGCACACAUGCACGACCGGCUCCGAAUGCAACGGCUAUCUCCCAGCCAGAGCAAAGAUAUUUACCUCACGCUUUCAAAGUGUAUACAUUCCUACGACGAGAUCUGCCUGCUGCUAAACGUGGCACCCGAGUCACACGCCGGCCUCUUCUAUCUCGCCCUCGGAUUGUUCCACCAAGAUCGCGAGGUGCGUCUAAAGACGAGCGAGCUCCUCAGUCGUAUUGCGGAGCACGAAGCCGGCCAACACUGGUGGAAGGGCCUUAGCCGCUUCGAGAAGCUGGCCUACGAGCGCAUUCGCAGGGAAAUCAAUUUGGAAAUGCGCGCAAAGCUAGAGAAGGAAGGACUCAGUCCCAGUUACGAACGGAGAAUUAGCUAA